GGAAAAUAGGAGAUAACACCUGCCAAAAAGAUGAAGAUUGUCAAGAAGCAGUGGGAAAUAGUACAUGUAGCAUUGACACAUGUCUGUGUCAGUCUGGCUUUAGACCAACUGCUGAAAAGGACACAUGCGUUAAACGAAUCGUUGGGGAUUCUUGUCAGCGCUCUUUUGAUUGUUCAGACAGCAUGGACAACAGCAUAUGUAAAGCCAAACAUUGCCAAUGCCAGUCGGGCUAUGCCGCAAGAAACAGCAAUACAAUGUGUACAAAGCGAAACCUUGGCGAAAUAUGCACCUUUGACAGUGAUUGUUCCGAUUCAGUGGCAUAUAGCUCAUGUUACCAAAACCAAUGCCGUUGUGAUCUGGGAUAUUUUCAGAUGAACAAUACAUGCAUUAAACGGACUCUUGAUACAGAAUGUUCCGUUUCUGUUGAAUGUAGUGCAUUUAUACCCUUCAGCGCCUGCAUGGAAGCAACCUGUAAAUGUCUUCCUGAAUACAAACCCCUCAACCAUUCCCAGUGUGUGAAAUUAUCCCUUGGUGACCCAUGUACAAACCACUCAAACUGUAGACAUUCCCUAUCAAAUAGUGCAUGUUUCAACAACACGUGUCAAUGCCUCGCUGGAUUCAUGGAAACAGAAAUUGGACGAAGUAGUUGUCGGCCAAUAUUAAUCGGCGAUACCUGCGUCAAGAGUAGGGACUGUAGGAAAGCUACUCCGAACAGCCAGUGCUCUAAAGGAAAAUGUGAAUGCAAAGUGGGAUAUCAUAGCGUGUUAAAAGAAAAAAGCUCCGAGUGUGUACUGAACAGAAUAAAGAACUAUUGCUCCAGAGACUCCGAUUGCAGUACUGCUGUGCGAUACAGUAUGUGCCACAAUAAUAGAUGCUUCUGUGGACUCGGGUUUAAGGUGGUCGACAACAACCGACGGUGCAUCCUCAGAGAACUUGGUGAUGUAUGCCAAGACAACAAUGAUUGCUCAAUUCCGGAUACCUCUUGUAUAUAUUUCAAAUGCAGCUGUUCCGAUGGAUAUUACCAACAAGGUCCUUCCAUUCAAUCAUGUACAAAGAGAAAGUUAUAUGACACAUGUGAAAAGGAUAUCGACUGUGCCAUAGUCAUACCCAACAGUCGAUGCCAGGAUGGUCGAUGUAGGUGUCAACAUGGACAUCAACCAGGUGUCGAUCUUGAGACGUGUAUUAGAAAUUCUCUUGGUUCAACUUGUAAAUGUGACAAGGAUUGUAUUACUGAGAUAGAAGGCAGUAGAUGUUUCAAUGCAUCAUGUGUUUGUAAAAUUGGGUAUAGGUACAACCAUGAACACGAGUGCAUUGUUCGACAGAUCGGUGAUGCUUGUGAUAUUUCUGUGGAUUGUGAUGCUGUAUUGAAUAAAAGUGUAUGCCUGAAUAGCACAUGCUCUUGUGAGAUCGGGUAUAAGCCAUUAGCUAACAGAACUAACUGCGUCCAAAGACAUUUAGGGGAUAAUUGUACCAACCAUUAUGACUGUUCAACAACAACAGAUGGCAGCACAUGUAGCAAUUCUACUUGCCUAUGUCAGACUGGAUAUAAAACAGAUUGGAAAAGUUUAUCCUGCCAAAGAAGGAGGCUAGGCGACGUUUGCCUCGUGAACGUUGAGUGUUCUGAGGCGAUGAACUUCACAGAGUGUGGGAACUCCGGAUAUUGCCAGUGUGUGGACGAAUAUGUACCUAUGAAUAUGACAGAGGGAUGCAUGUUAAGGCCAUUUGUACCCCUGCCAGUUCAACCUGGGCCCCCACCGGGGUGUGACAACUACUGUCAGGAUCAAGAGAACACAAUAUGCUUGUAUACAAACGCUGAAUACAGAUGUAUGUGCAUUGAUGGGUACGCCCGUAGACAUCGUAUAGGACAUUGUUACAAAUCAAGGAUAUACAGUGUAGUUGUUAACAUUACACAAGUGGCUGGUCUUUAUGAUUUUGAAGAUAUUGAGUACAUUGAUGAUAUGGCACAACAGAACUCUUCAGAAUACAAUGAUAUUGUUGCCAGGGUGACGCGAUCAGGGUUCGAUAAAAUAAUUCCUCACACUUAUUUGUCAGACGGCUAUCUUGGCAGUGAUGUAUCUGGUAUCGCUGAUGCAUUUUCUGGUAUUCUUGUCAACGUGUCCCUCAUAUUCCAAUAUAACUACAGUGUGGGACUCGGUAAACUGAGAGAUAAUUUGAUCAACAGAGUUAAUGAAUCAAAUCGAGAACUGGGGUUUAGUAGACUCCUUGUGGCGGAACCACUCUCAGAGACUAUUUGGGUUGAAGAUGUGAAUGAGUGUGCCCUAAACACAAACGACUGCCACUUUCGCGCUGUAUGUAUCAACUUCAUCGGAUCCUAUACUUGUUCCUGCAAGGCAAGUUAUAAAGAUGAAUCCCCCAAUAAAUCAUCGAGGCCUGGACGAAACUGCUCGGAUGUGCAUCCAAGAGCGUUAAUGCACUUCUUUAUAAAGAAUGCGGGUUGUACAGAUGGGAUUUGCGAGACACCUUGGGCGAUGGUGAUAGGCGUGUUGGUCUUCAUAUUUGGGCUUCUUGCAAUACUCCUCAUUAUGGAGAUAUUCAUAAGGAUUGAAAGAGCUAAAAAGGCGAAAAGACUAAGGUAUCGAGAAUAUCUGUUGGGUGACCUUAAUGAAAAGGAGCGAAAAGAUGCACUAAAGAAGUUAAAGGAAAAUGGAGGAUAUACUAACAUAGCAUUCGACCAUUCGGAUGAACCAG